AUUUAGAAGAUGGAUGCUCAAUUUAAAGAGAUAAUGUCUUUGUCUCCUGAAGAAAGAAAGAUCGAGCAAGUGCAAUUAAUAGUAGAUAAACUAAGCAAUAUCCGUUUUUUAAAUGAAUUGAAAGAAAGUCAUGGAAGAGAAGCUGUCAAAGAGUGCUGUUCUCAAUUCACUCUUCAUUCUUUUGAACCUAAAGAAAAUAUUAUAACUUAUAGGAAGGUUGGAGAAGAGUUUUUCAUUAUUCUUGAAGGGAGUGCUAAAAUAUAUGUACCAUUGGAAUUCGAAAUGACUGGCACAAAGGAAGAAAUAUUUGACUACAAAAAUAAAAACGACACCUUACUAAUUCCUUCUUCAGACCCUAAUGUUAAGAACUGCGAUUUUUAUGAAACUUUAGAUUAUGAUGGCGAAACUAAAAUAGGAAAGUUCAAGAUUAGACUAUUGAAUAUGAUAAAUAAGAUUGAGAAAGGAGCGUCUUUUGGAGAACUCGCUUUGAUCAAUAAUAAGCCAAGAGCUGCAACAAUUCAAGCUUUUACCUCGGUGACUUGAGCAGUUUUAACAAGAAAGAACUAUGAAAGCAUCAUUAAACCCAUUGAAGAAAGAAUAUUGAAUGAGAAGAUAGGAUUCUUGAAGUCAUUUCCUUUUCUACAGCACUUAUCUAAGCAAACUCUGAGUAGACUGACUUACACUAUUGAUGAAUAUCGAUAUAACAGAGGAAACACUGUCUAUAAUGAGGGAGAUAAAUCAAAGGGAGUCUACUUGAUUUAUAAAGGAGAAUUUCAAAUUUACAAAAGAUUAGACAUAUUAAAGAAUAAAUAAGUACCAAAAAUUGGGAUGAUAUGCUAAAAACAUUGUCAAGAGAGAAGAUAUCCCUCUUGUUACUGCUCUAAAAGGACAAUAUUUUGGAGCAAAUGAAACCAUGAAGAAGCCUCACAUCUGUGAGUACACAGUUAAAUGAAUCAGUCCAGAAGGAAUCUUGUGGUUUUUGAGUCAAAAAUACAUAAUUGAUGAAUCCUCACUUUUAACAAAAAGAAGGAUGAGGGAAUCUGGUCAGUUGUUAAAAGAUUUGUAUGUGAAAAGAGAGGAAGAAGCGACAGAUGUAACCCAAAUUAUAAAUAAGCCUACUGUCAAUAAAGCACAGAAAGAGGAAGAAGAUGAAAAGUCAAAUAAAAUCCGUGAAAUAUUGAAAAUGGCAAUGACAAGAAAGUAUCCCAAGAGUCUUCCAGAAAAUAUGAAAGAUAUGCUAUACGACCUUGAAACUGGUAAAAAAGAAGAUCAGAAGAUAUUGAAAUAAAGCUGAUCAGAUGAACCAAAAGUUUAAUUUGAUCCUCAAAAUUGAAGAGAACCUAAAGAGUAUUUAAUCAUGUUGGCAAGAUACCAAGCCAGAAAAUAGACCAGGAGAAAUCUAAGGUCUUCAGCUUGACCAAGGUUGAGUCAAGUCCUAACAUAAUUUUCAAAAAUAAAUCUCCUGAAAAUGUGAAUGAUAUCGCAGACGAAAUCGCUCAGAUUAAAAGCUCAAUAGUUGAAGAGAAGAAAAAGAGAAUUGAAAUAGAGGGCAAAUUAAAAGAAGAGAGAUCAAGAAACGAAAUAGAAAUUAAAUAAAACAAGAACAGGAAGUAAAUUACUUAAGGAUGGAAAGUUACCCUCUAUUUAUAAGAGAUCAGCCAUUAGGAGUAAUGACGCAUAUCGUUCUUCUGGUAGGGCAACUAGGGAUAAUAAGGAUCUCAAAAUGGUGCAAACUCAGGGUCCAGAAUGGGUAAAUAUAGAGCAAGGUGAGCAAACUAUUGGAUUCACUACAAGAAAUUUAUCUAGUCCGAAAUUUGAUGCUGACAAUAUUGAGAAAAACAUAGCUUAUGAGCAUUACAUGCUGAAGACUAGAUAUUUACAAAAACCAAACAAUGGUUUCAAAACUGCAAGAGAAGUCAUCAGUAAAAUUGAAAAUCAAUCAAGAAUAAAUUCUAUACGUUCGAAAUCAAGAAAUGCAGAUUCCUCUGUCCAAAUGAUGAGUCCUAAGUUCAAUAGGAAAACUCCAAAAGCAAAAAAUUCAUCUCCUCCAGAGGUUAGCAUUAAGAAUAUGCCUGAUAAAGGUCCUCUGCUUCAAUCAAGAAGACUUUUGUACAUGACGAUGAUGAAUUCUAAGAGCUCUUUCCAGAAAACCCAGUAGUGUUAUAAGUUUGAAUU